UGGUUUUUUUUUUCCAGUUUGGUGCAGUGUUGUCAAGACUGAAAUCCACUGAGAUAUUAUGUCAGAACAAAUGAAUCCUAACACCGUUUUUUUAUAUGCAUUUCCAUAUACCUUGUUUUUAAAAUUUAGUUUUUGUCACAGAUCUGAUCAUAUGUGAUAUUUAAAUGUAAUUAAAUUAGAAAAAAAAAGUUUUAACUUUGUUUUAAUCUGUCACACAUGUAAUUUUGUGUUGACGGCCUGAUUGACAAACGGGAUCCCGUCAGAGUCAGACAAUAGUCAGAUCACUUGCAGGUCAGGUUUGACACAGCAGCUGAAGAAGGCGUGUUCCUCAUUCUCUGUCUUUCAACCAAACAUCAUAUGAUCCUUGACAGAGGCUUCCUGUUUGCCGACCAGGACACUGUUCGCGGCACCGACGCUCAAUGCCGUAGGUGGAUAAAAACAGCUCAGAGGUUUUCUCAGACGGAUUUUUCUAAAGGGGGGGUGAACACUUCCUGAAGCCCACGCCAUGGGCGACCUGAUGGGCAAAAAGAGGCAGAGAGCGGCGGACGGUGGUGAGCGGAGUCUCAUCGGGAACGCGGAGGACCGGGACGCCCCCACGACAGGCUUCGUCUACGUGCUAGCGUUCUUCUCCGCCUUGGGGGGGUUCCUCUUCGGAUAUGACACCGGGGUUGUGUCGGGGGCGAUGCUGCUGCUGAAGAAAAGGAUGAACCUGAGCGCCCUGUGGCAGGAGCUGCUGGUGUCCAGCACGGUGGGAGCUGCGGCUGUCUCCGCCCUCGCUGGAGGCUUCCUGAACGGCUGGCUGGGGCGCAGGAUCUGCAUCCUUUUGGCCAGCCUCAUCUUCAGUGUGGGGGGAGUCAUGCUGGCCCUCGCCCCAGACAAGGUGGUCCUGCUGGUCGGCAGAAUCAUAGUGGGCUUAGGCAUAGGCAUUGCUUCUAUGACUGUUCCCGUGUACAUAGCAGAGGUUUCUCCUCCUCAUCUGAGAGGUCAGCUGGUCACCGUCAAUGCACUCUUCAUCACUGGCGGUCAGUUCAUCGCCAGCAUGGUUGAUGGGGCUUUCAGCUAUCUAAGUGAAGACGGCUGGAGAUACAUGUUGGGUCUGUCUGUUCUGCCUGCCGUGCUCCAGUUCCUGGGCUUCAUCUUCUUGCCUGAGAGUCCUCGCUGGCUCCUCCAAAAAGGCCAGAACCAAGAGGCCCUGCAGGUUCUCCGCUGGAUCCGAGGAGACCAAAACGUGGAGGAGGAGUAUGACUCCAUCAAAGCCAACAUUGAGGAAGAAGAGAAAGAAGUAGGGGCAGGUGGCGUUGUUCUUCUUCGCAUGCUCAGCCACGGUCCAACUCGCAGAGCUCUGAUUGUUGGUUGUGGCCUGCAGAUGUUUCAGCAGCUGUCUGGGAUCAACACAGUCAUGUACUACAGUGCGACUAUUCUGCAGAUGGCAGGAGUGCGUGACGAUAAAGAGGCCAUCUGGUUGGCUGCUGCCACUUCAGCCACCAACUUUGUGUUCACCCUGGUUGGCGUGUGGCUCGUAGAAAGAGUGGGCCGCAGAAAACUGACGCUGGGCAGUCUUUUAGGUACUGGUUUAAGUCUGGCCUUGUUGGCUGUUGGAUUCCUACUGUCUGCUCAAAGCUCUCCGCCUGUGACCCUUCACCCAGUCGACCCUAAUAACUCAACAUACAGACUUUAUGGGUCCUGUGAACCCUGCAUGUUGGAUCCAGAUUGCGGAUUUUGUUUUCGUGAAAAUGGCACCAAAGUGUUUGAGUCCUCCUGCGUUCCCGUCCAUCAGGCGUCCAUUGAUCACGCCGCCUGGGGAAGAUGUUACAAUAAGACAGAAGAUAUUAAAAGUCCAAUAUGGGCUUACAACUACUGCCCCACGUCCUACUCCUGGAUAGUCCUGAUGGGCCUUUUUCUUUACCUGGCAUUUUUUGCUCCAGGAAUGGGUCCCAUGCCGUGGACCGUAAACUCAGAGAUCUACCCUCUAUGGGCUCGCAGCACCGGCAAUGCCUGCUCCGCUGGCGUCAACUGGAUCUUCAAUGUCCUCGUGUCUCUGACUUUUCUGCACGUUGCUGAGUAUUUAACGUACUAUGGUGCCUUCUUUUUGUACACAGGCUUGGUGUUCCUGGGCCUGCUCUUUGUACUUGGCUGUCUCCCAGAGACCAGGGGCCUUCAGCUGGAGGACAUGGAGAAUUUGUUCAUGGGGCAGCUGUGCUCCUGCGGAGCCUCCUCACCCACACACAACCGCCAUGUCCACUAUAUCCGGCCUAGUCCGGGAUGCAGCUCGGCACAGUAUGGAGCGUUGGAUUCAGACGGUGCUAUAGCCUAUAUAACUGUAAGUACGGCAUUGAGGUGCUUUUGAUGUACCUAAACCCUUUGUUUAAAGCAGUGGCAGCACUAAAUAUGCCUUCUUCAUGUCUUUGCUCUUGCAGCUGAAAUAAUCAUGACCCCUCAACAACAAAGCUCCUUUGUGCAGACGAUGCUUUUUGCACUUUGAUACAUGCAAGUCUGUUUUUAAUACAACUUCUAGCAUCUGUAAAUUGUACUGAAUGUCUUAUGGAAAACUGGUCUUUGUUCCAACAGCUGAAAUAAAAUUUUUCUGUCAUUGGAAA